CGUGUGUGGAUGUUACUAAUGUGACUGUUGUUAGUGUUAUAAAGUGAAGAUGGUCGUUUUGUUGAGAUUUGGUGUUUUGAAUGCAUUUAUACUUUCCAUGAUCGCUUUGCAGACUUGUUCGAGUGAAGAGAGAGAUAUCGUAUAUGUUUCACAGAGUAAAGGCAAUGACAUUCUGAUCCUUCAUGUGGUAAAGUCUCAAUACCAUGUAAGACAAUUGUGGCUGGAGUGUGGCAUGCAAAGCAUGGUGGGAUAGUCUAUGUAGAUGGUACUGGGUCAYACACAACACCUUAUACCUGCAAAUCAACCGAAUUAAAAUUUUUAGGAAUUCRUGCCAACAAGAGUCUGGAAAUAAUUGGUGUUCAGUCAAUGGUACACAUCAAAUGUGAUCCAAGUUAUGAUAUAAGACUUGAUAAGUCUCACAAGAAUAUAACGAUUUUUACUGUUAGYAAUAUCAAGUUUAUCAAUACAACAAUACAUGGACAAGAUGUAUAUCUGUAUGUCAAUGACUGUAUAUUUACUAGUGGUAUUCAAGCAUUAARUCUCAUCCAGUCUACCAGGCCAACUACYAUAUCAUUUAAUCGGUCAUUAUGUGUCAAUAUUAGUUCUUGUAUAGCAGUCAGUGUAACAGCAAAUGAUGUAACCAUUUACAUAAUAGACAGUGCUGUGUUUAUAUCACGAUGGCACUAUCCAACUACUGCAUCUCCUGCAAAGGCAUCUGGGAUACAUGUGACGUCAACAGGACAAUAUGCAGUUGGGUCAAUUAUAUGUCACAUUGCACUUCAAAAUGCCACUUUCAAAGACAACUCCCUUGGAUCAAAGGGUUUGAUAUUUGUUAAAAUAGAAGGUGCUCUGACAUCCAUGACAYUURAGAAGGUUUUCUUCCUGGAUAAUUAUUAURCAGGCAUCCUGACUAGUUCGAAGAGAAUUAAUUUGAUUAAUGUAUUGAGUAGUCAUAAUUUAUAUAUGACUCUAAGCAAUACUACAUUUGAUCAAAAUUUCCAUGUUUUGAAUCGAGCACUUGAACUGACUGUGAGCAAUAGMAUCACACUUUUCAUCAUAAAAACCAGGUUCACAAAUUUCACAGCAGAGCAGGUUAGUAAUAUCCUGUCCCUGACUUCCAACAACAAUACUAUCCUACACAUACAAAAUGCAACGUUUGAAAGCAACUCRGCACGGAGCAUGGGYGGAUGUUUAUCUUUGAUYAGCCAAACAGCAACAAUUAAUAUAAAAGAUUCAUUGUUUAUCAACAACUAUGCUGGUAAUUGUGCUGGGAUUAUGUGGUUGGAUGUCAAAYACCAAGUCAACCUGACAAUUGAAGGCUGCUUGUUCAAGUCCAAUAAAGUAGAAGGUCCUGGUGGUCUUGCAAGUUUUAAAACUGRUAAUKUGAAUGUGAAGAUGAUCAACUCUAUUGUUAAUGGAAUCUCAGCUUCUGGUCCUGGGGGUGUAUUGGACAUGAUGACACGUUGUAGAGAAAGUGAACAAGUCCCUGCAAUUAAACACUUAUCAAUACUUUUUGAUGGUGUAACUAUAAAAGGAUGUUCUGCAGCUCUUGUUCCAGGUGGGGUGAUAGCUAUGAAUGCUAUCAAUUCUUCUAUAGUGAUAAAAARAACCAUCAUACGAGAUAUAUCAGCAGGAGGUCCAGGAGGAGUUAUUUWUGCAAUCAGUGGGUUUUCCAAGUUACCAUCCAAAUGGACCCCACAAGGUGUGAUGAAGCUUAAUCUAGAAAACGUUUUAAUUGACUCAGUGUCUUCAAAUGCACCGGGGGGUACUCUAUACAUUGGACAGUCACCUAUUAAUGCGGUGAUAACGUUCAACAACUCAUUAUUCAAAAACAGCAGUACGCAUUCUGCACUGGGAGGUGUGGUAUAUUUGUCUCCGAAGUCAAUUCUAAACAUAUAUAACUGUGUAUUUGAAUCAAAUAYCGCAGCUGGUGGUCCAGGGGGUGUCAUUGAGUCUGCUUCAUUAACACUUAMGAUAGUCGAUUCUGUGUUUAAAUUGAAUACUGCAAAAAAGAGUCCCGGGGGUGCUAUCAAUUGUGAUGGAUCAUUAAACUUAAGCAUCACUAAUUCUGUAUUCAAGUCGAAUUCUGCACUUGACAGCGUGGGCGGGGCGAUCAGUGCCAGUUCUGUAUCAUUUGUUUACAUAAACAAUUCUGUGUUUGAGUCGAAUCGAGCUUUUWCGCCAGGAGGAUGUUUAUAUCUKSAAAUGGAUAACGCUGACGUGCUAAUGUAUAAUGUGACGUUUMGAAACUGCUCAAGUUUACRUGCUCYGGGAGGAGGUGUAUACUUCUCGGGUGGAGGAAGAAGCAACAUCGUACUCGAAUCUUGUAAGUUUCUCAGAAAUACAGCACCACGAAGUUUAGGAGGAGCGAUCGCAGUCGAUCUAUCAAACAACGAUGAUAUAAUGGAUCCUGGAUGUCUUGAUGACACUGUCCAACAUGAUAACGUCAAACAUCGAAUAUGGACYUAUAACACAUCAAUCACCAUAACAGAUUCAACAUUUAUCAAYAAUGCAGCAAUGAAUGGAGGGGCGUUGUAUUUGUCCCGGGGUAACCACACSCUCCGACGAUGUUCYUUUCUUGAUAAUUUUGCAAWUCUACAAGGCGGRCAUAUUUAUAUGGGGUCCGAUUCUACGAGCCUGCAUGUAGACGACUCUGUCCUUAAGCAACGAADUCCCAAUAUAACAAUAUAUGAUUUACCGACAAAAGUAACUUUCGGCUCAGCGAAUGGAUUGUUUGUUAAUUCUCAAAGUAUGGGUCCUUUAACAAUACUGAACUCCACUUUGUCAUGUGAWACACCRUGGCAACAAGGGACUAAAUCCCUAGUAACGGUUUCCAAGGGUAACUACGUUAACUUUGGUGAAAAUAAUUUGACAGUUCUUACAUGUCCAAGAGGAAACAAAUUAGACAUUUUAAACUUCACGACUGAAAUAAACACCGAGUACCAUUCCCACAAAUGUAAGGUUGUUUUAAUCGUUUUACAAGUCACUUGCAAUCCUUGUGGGACUGGUACCUACAGUCUUCAGCACGGCCAAAGCCUGGGAAUGGGUCCAGUGAAGGGUUUCAAGUGUUUAAAAUGUCCAUUUGGAGCUGAUUGCAGUCGUGCAAUAAUUGCAAAGUCAAACUUUUGGGGAUUCACAGUCGUGGAUAAUCCCGUAGAGCUGAAUUUCACCCUUUGCCCUACCGGGUAUUGUAAAAARCCCGACCAGAGGGAAUCAAUUGUUAGYUUUAACAGUUGUCAUGGCAACAGGACGAAAACACUAUGYGGUAAAUGYAGGGAGGGCUAUAGUGAAACUCUUCUUUCACCAUCCUGUCGCCAUGACGAYGAAUGCAACGACAAGUGGUUAUGGGYUGUGUUGAUUAUMAUGGUGACGUUAAUGGCGUUCUACUUGAUCCACAAACCAGCGAUUUCACGGAUAUUCAAUUGGCAAAAAGUUUUAUGUUUUUUGUAUCGAGGUAAYAAAGGAGACUACAACGCUGGUGGGUAUUUGAAGAUAGUGUUCUACUUCUACCAAGUGGCUAAUCUUCUUCUCGUUGCCACAUCGUAUGAUAGUGUAAUGGAGUCCUAUCUUCUUCAGCCAGUAGUAGGAAUUUUUAAUUUUCAAUURCGUUUUUCCUCAAACGGUGUCCUUUGUCCAUUUCCUGGUCUUACUGCAGUAACUAAACAGCUUCUYUUUGCCAGUCAAGUAUUUGGUGUUGUAAUCAUGAUUGMGAUAUGGUACAUCAGUCAUUGUCUACUUCUCAAGUGCAGAUCCAGACCACCUCCAAACGCUGGGUCAUACCUUGGUGCUACCUUGGAAACGCUGUUGCUUGGAUAYGGUGUUUUUGCAUACACUGCUCUUCAGUUGUUACGCUGYACGUCAUUAGGUGAUGAUUCACGGCUGUUUAUYGAUGGAAAUACGCCUUGUUUUCAAGGAUGGCAGUAUGCACUCAUGGUUUUUGUUGGUAUUGUUGUUUUUCCAUUCAUCUUUGUCCUUGCACUUGGUUCCCACUGGCUGCACAASGAAACUAUUUCUGUUAAGGAGUUUCUGUUUGGAUGUUUUCUUCCUCUUCCUUACUUAGCGUGGAAGUUGCUUUUAGUWUGUUGUCAUAAACCUCGCCAAYCAAGUCAAGAACCACUAGAAUGGAGAACUKCAGUUACUAAUGUACUGUACGGUCCCUUUAGGGCUCCACAAGACACUAGCCAUGGUGCUGGGUACUGGGAAGCCAUCCUGAUAUCCAGAMGACUUGUAAUCAUUUUAAUAUUUGUUUUCGUUACUGAUCCAUUGUCCAAGACUUUCCUGCUAACAUUGGCUUGUGUAGCMGUUCUCUUUCAUCAUACCGUUGUACAACCAUUUCGUAGCAAUUUUGCAAACAUCACUGAAAUGAUUUCCUUGCUCAGUUUGGUUGUCAUAGCAGCUAUCAAUACAUUCAAGGCGAGUUUUCUAUCAACCGGUCAAACACCUGAAGGUCCAUUAAAGUCAUUUGCAAAUGCCAUUGACUGGGUUCAAAUAAUAAUCUUAGUUKUAGCUCCAGUACUUUGUUUCUUAGCKAUCGUGGCAGCCAUUGUUUCUCAGGCGAUGCGAGUGAUYGUUCUGGUAAUCAAAUGUCAAUGCGGAUGGAAAUGGACUGGUGACGAAUCACGGCAUUUGCUAGAACCCAGUACAAAUUUGCAACAGCAKCCAUCAACAUGAAGUUCUAAUAUGUUUGAGGAAUCAGUAGGUUUUACGUUUUGCGAAYAAGUACAGACUUGACACAUCCGUGAAMAAAAUGCCUAAAUGCAGAAGAGCGGAUCCUGCCAAAAUCUCAUCGUGUAAUCAUCACGAUGAAAUCAACAAAGGGUCUGGGACUGGCCAAAGAUCACAAGACAACAAAUACUUUAUGUUUGAGUUUAUUUGACCCAUUAAUCAUUUGUAUAAAACAUUCCUUUGCCCUUACUACUAUUAGCCAUUGGAGCAGUACUUUAUAAAACUAUUAUCGCUCUUAAAUAACCAAAUUAUACAACGAUCCUCAAGUCAAGUGUCAAUASUGCAUAUAUCACAUGCGACAAAAUUGAAAGAAUAUUAAUCAUAUAAAAAUAGCGAAACAUUU